AUGCCGCAAAGAAUUAGAUCACCAGAGAACUUACAACCUCAAUUUUCAUUUGACGGAGCAUCUUCAUUUACAACAGUUGAAAGUAAAUUUAAAAUUGAACAAUUAUUUAAUCAUGGUAGAUGGAAGGAUCCAUUCACUUUUAAACAUUUUUUAUUUUGUUUAUAUCUUCCAAUUGGUUUAAUAUUGUGGCCAUUUAGAUUACUUAUCAUUAUAGUAUUAUUCACUUUAACAUUGUUUUUACCAAAAUCCUUCUCAAAAUAUACUAAACCACUUGCAAAAAUUGCAAUGGGUAUUAAAACCACAUAUAAUGGAAUAGAAAAUUUACCAAAAAAAGGUGAUAAAAAUAGUGCAAGAAUUUUAGUUUGUAAUCAUUUAACAGAUUUUGAUCCAUAUCCAUUAUUUGGAAUUUUAGAGGAAAAUCAUGUAAUGGUAGGAUCACAUAUUAGGGAUGUACCUAUAGUUGGUAAACUUUAUGAAAGAUUUAAUACAAUUUAUGUAGACCAAAAUAAUAAAGCAAAAGCAAGAAUCGAUGUGUUGGACAGUUUAUCAAAUACAGAUUUCCCAUUACUAAUUUACCCAGAAGGUGGUUUAAAUAAUGGUAAAACCGGUUUAAUGAUGUUCAAUAAAUUCGUAUUUGGAUUGGGUCAUUCAAUUUGUCCAAUUGCUAUGAGACUUCACAAUAAUUGGCCUGUUGAAACUGAUUAUAUAAAUUCAAGUUGGUUUAAAAACUUUUUUUGGUGGAUUUUAAUACCCUAUCAUCAUUUCGAAUUAACUUUUUUACCACAUGAAUCAAUAAAACAAGAUGAAACUGAUUCUCAAUUCGCUACUCGUGUUCAAACUAUAAUUGCAAAUAAACUUUCUUUAGAACCAACACUUUAUAAUUAUACUCAAAAAAGACAAUAUGCAAAACAUUUAUUAUCUUUAAAAAAUUAA